CUUAGGAUGAGGUCUAUUUGCUGCCUUAUAAUAGAUAGGGAAACGUGCCAGGAUUCCCCCUAACAUUCCAGUGCUCUAAUCAACUAAGCUAAAAGAUUCCAAAAGUUCUUUCUUUUUCUAUGUUUUUUCUUUUGUUCAAAGAUUCCAAUUUCCUAAUAGAUUUAUUACAAGAAGAUAAAGAUAAUGGUUGUUUUAUGUCUUUUUCUUUUUACCAAAAAAUAAAAUAAAAUUCCAAUUUCCAAAGGACGCUUGACAUUAAGUAUCAAACAAGGUAAAGUCGUAUAUGAUUUUAUAAGCCUAAUAAAUAAAUAAUACCCAGCGUUUUCAUCACCAAUUAUAAUAUUUCUUUGCCUUAUAAUAUGGGGAUUUUGAAUCUGUAGUCUUUGAUUGGUUCAAUUGCAAUACAAUCAUGGGAUCUGUCGAUGAAGAGAGAUCGCUGUUGGAAGCUGAACUUGAUCGGGCUGAAAACAGUGGGCUUUACACUGGGGAUGGCUCUGUUGACUUUAAUGGGAAUCCUGUUUUGAAGCAAAAUACUGGAAAUUGGAAAGCAUGCCCAUUCAUUUUGGGUAAUGAAUGUUGUGAGAGAUUGGCUUAUUAUGGGAUAGCAACUAAUCUCGUAAGUUACUUGACCAAGAAACUACAUGAAGGAAAUGCAUCAGCUGCAAGGAAUGUGACUACUUGGCAGGGAACUUGUUACGUUACACCUCUCAUUGGAGCUGUUUUAGCAGAUGCAUAUUGGGGAAGAUAUUGGACAAUUGCUGCUUUCUCCACUAUCUACUUCAUUGGAAUGUGUACAUUAACACUCUCGGCAUCAAUUCCUGCACUGAAACCUGCUGAAUGUGUGGGUUCUAUUUGUCCCUCAGCUACUCCAGCUCAGUAUGUUGUAUUUUUCUUUGGGCUUUAUCUGAUUGCAUUAGGGACGGGUGGAAUCAAACCAUGUGUUUCAUCUUUUGGGGCCGAUCAGUUUGAUGAUACUGAUCCCAAAGAAAGGGUGAAGAAAGGGUCCUUUUUCAAUUGGUUCUAUUUUUCCAUCAACAUUGGCGCUUUGAUCUCAAGCAGUCUUAUAGUGUGGAUUCAAGACAAUGCUGGAUGGGGUCUCGGAUUUGGCAUUCCAGCAUUAUUUAUGGGCCUUGCAAUUGGAAGUUUUUUCUCAGGUACAUCUCUUUAUAGAUUUCAAAGACCUGGAGGAAGCCCUAUUACAAGAAUGUGCCAGGUUUUGGUUGCAGCAUUUCAUAACCGGAACCUCAAGGUUCCUGAAGAUAGUAGUCUCCUAUAUGAAACUGGUGACAACCACUCUGCCAUAGAAGGAAGUCGGAAACUGGAGCACAGUGAAGAGUUGAAGUGCCUAGAUAAAGCUGCCAUAGUCACUGAUGCCGAAACCAAAAGUGGGGACUUCUCAAACCCUUGGAGGCUUUGCACUGUAACACAAGUGGAGGAAUUGAAAAUCUUGAUCCGCAUGUUUCCCAUAUGGGCUACUGGAAUUGUGUUCUCUGCUGUAUAUGCCCAAAUGUCAACUAUGUUUGUGGAACAAGGGAUGAUGAUGGACACAAAAAUCGGUUCUUUCACUAUUCCUCCUGCUUCUCUCUCGUCUUUUGAUGUUAUCAGUGUCAUUUUUUGGGUUCCCAUCUAUGAUAAGAUCAUUGUUCCAAUUGCAAGGAAGUUCACACGUAAAGAGCGUGGCUUCUCAGAGUUGCAACGUAUGGGAAUUGGUCUCUUUAUUUCAGUCCUAUGCAUGUCAGCCGCAGCUUUGGUGGAGAUCAAGAGAUUGCAGCUCGCAAAAGAGCUAGAUUUGGUUGAUAAACAAGUCGCCGUACCCAUUAAUAUUCUUUGGCAAAUACCUCAAUAUUUCUUGUUGGGUGCUGCAGAGGUUUGCACAUUUAUCGGACAGCUUGAGUUCUUCUAUGAUCAAUCCCCUGAUGCCAUGCGGAGUUUAUGUAGUGCGCUUUCACUUCUAACUACAUCUUUGGGCAACUACUUGAGUUCUUUUAUUUUGACCCUUGUAAUUUACUUCACAACAAAGGGUGGCCAGAUUGGUUGGAUACCGGACAACCUUAACGAGGGUCAUCUCGACUAUUUCUUCUGGCUCUUGGCCGGUCUCAGCUUCUUAAACAUGUUGAUAUAUACCCUAUGUGCUGCCAAGUACAAGCAAAAGAAGGCUUCUUGAAGUUCCUUCUUAAGCUAAGAUGUUAUUAAAGAUAAAAAAAAUACAUGCAUUUCAAUACUAGGACAUCCUUCCACUUUGAAAAACGAUUGUCUUGUAUCUUAUUGGAUUAAAUUCAGUUUCUAGUAGUAAAAGUAUUAUGGAGGCCAUUGUAUUAGGAGUUAGAUUGCAUUUUGCUCUCGAAAAACAGAAAAAUUAAUCUCUGUACGUUAGAUCAAAAAGCAAAUAGGUCUUUUUUGUUAAAAA